ACAAAAACUAUGAGUGGACAUUUUGCAGAACCUAUGUCAACCUUAGAAAAAGAAUUAUUGGAAAUAUAUGAAGAAAUGUUUGGGGAAAAAAAUCGUACUAUAUUAAACCCUGGUAUAAACUCCAAUGAAAAUGAUAAAUCUUGUGAAUUCACAAAUAAGGAAAAUUCAUCCACCAACUCAUUUUCGUCGAAAAAACUACAUGAUAAUUAUUUGGAUAAUUUAAAGACUGGUUGUAUUGGAGGAGCUGCUGUGUUUGGACUUUCGUCUAUAAUUACAGGAUAUUCUGGUGUUCUUGCCGGUUCGGCAUCUGCUAAAACGAUAAUUACCGGCUAUUAUUCUGCAACUCUUGCUGAUCAAGUGAUAAAAGCUGUGGCUGGUAUAAAAGUAUUUUUUGAAGCUUUAAUUUCAAAUGCUACUAUUUCUAUGGGUCCCAUUACAAACACUGCAUUAUCAGGUAUUACAAGUGCUGCAGUGGUGCUUUUUUCCCUUAUGGUAUAG